AUGUCGAUAAUACGUAGAUCACCCCGAGGAAAUAAAGUGCAUCAAGUGUCGUCAAAGAGUGAUAUUUCAAAUAUUGAACCUGAAAAUCUACUGAAUUAUGUAGGGAGGAGGCAGAAAGGACACAGAAAUGAAGAUCAAAGGAAAGGUAUUGAUGAUUUCCUUAAAGAUGAAAUAUUAUUAUCCAUGCUCCCCAAUUGGAAGAAGGAUCAAGUUCUUAUUUUGAGUAAAUUUUGUUCAGAUAUUGUCGAACUUAAACAACAAAACACCAAUGUUCAAUCAACUAAUAUUGAAAUGGAAAAUGCGUUAACGUUCAUAUCCACACAGUAUGAAGAUAUGAACAAUAAAAUUAUCAAUUUAGAACGUGAACGAAAGGAAAAUUAUAAUUAUAUAUUGAGUCUGGAAAAUAGAUUAGAAGACGUGCAAAAAAGGCUUAAGUUCACAGUCAUCGAGUUCCGUAAUUUACCUACUCCCGCACAAAACAUAAAGCAAGAGAUCUGGUUCAAAAGAUUUGCGAUGUUUUAA